UUUUUUUUCCUCCAAAGAAAAUUCUCACCUACUUUUUUCUUUUCUCUUUUUAACGUCAUGGUCGCAAUUUAUGGUACUCUAGUUCAUACACCUGUCAAAGGAAAAGUGGAUAUACUAUUGAACACGCUUAUUAUCACUGACGAGCAUACUGGUAUUAUUACUCAACUGCAAUCGAACUUACCUAGAACCGAAAUUCCUACGUUUUUGAAAGAACAACAUCUACCUGAAGAUACCAAUAUACGCUACCUCUCUCCUUUCCAAUUCAUCUUACCAGGUUUUAUUGAUACUCACAUUCAUGCUCCACAAUACCCCUUUACUGGAACCUGCACCGAUUUACCACUCACUGAAUGGUUGAACAAAUAUACCUUUCCUUGUGAAAAAAGAUACCAAGAUACUGACUGGGCUAAAUCCAUUUAUCAAGUACUGGUGCGUCGUCUUUUACGAAAUGGAACUACAACAGCUGUUUACUUUGCUUCUAUUCAUUUAGAAGCAACAAAAAUUUUAGCUGAUACAACAUUAACCAUGGGUCAACGGGCUUUGGUUGGACUAGUAUCUAUGGACCGAAAUGCACCAGAUGAUUAUAUUGAUACGACAGAAACAGCUAUUCAUAAAGCAGAAACAUUUAUCCAGUAUUGUAAAGAACGAGAUUCUCGUCAAAUUUUGACACCUGUGGUAACACCUCGCUUUAUACCUACUUGCACCAUUCCUUUACUUGAAGGACUCGGACAACUCGCCAAGAAAUACAAUGUACCUGUACAAUCUCAUAUCUCGGAAUCAUUGGAUGAAGUAGCUUUUGUACGUCAUCUCCAUCCUGAUGUGGAAAGCGAUACGACUUUAUUUGAUGCCUGUGGCUUACUUACUGAACGAUCGAUCAUGGCUCAUGGGGUACAUUUAUCUGACAAAGACGUACAAGUGAUGGUAGAACGUGGCUCUGGUGUAGCUGUAUGUCCUCUCUCCAAUGCUUACUUUGCAAAUGGUGUCUUCCCGGUUAAACGACAUCCUUCGAACCUAAAGAUGGGAUUAGGCACAGAUGUGGCAGGUGGUUACAGUCCUUCGAUGUUGAAUAGUAUGCGACAAGCAGUGAUUUCAUCCUCUUUUUGGCAAGAUGAACAACGUCAGGUGGAUUGGAAAACGGCUCUUUACAUGGCAACAAUAGGUGGUGCAGAAUUGAUUGGACUUUCUCAUAUUAUUGGUUCUUUCAUGAUAUCAAAACAAUUAGAUGCUUUAGUGAUCGACUUGAAAACGGACAACUCUCCUUUGGAUCUUCUUUGGGAUGAACCUAUAGAAUUAUUAGUAGAAAAAUUUAUCAAUUUAGGUGAUGAUCGAUGUAUCAUUGAUGUUUUAGUUGGUGGGAAUUAUGUUACCCCUUGAUUUUUUUGAUAUUCAAUAAAUUUGUCUUUUUUUUUUUCAUGUGGGAUUGAAAUCAACCAAUCACACUAUCUGAUCGAAUCUUUUUCCAAC